CCCUCUUCGUGAAGUUUUCCAGUCAGGCAGCAGCAGGACUGAUGCAGUUGUAACAUCACCCGUGUGUGCGGCUCUGCGUCUCCACCUUCCCUUAACACUACUUAAAGAUUGUUUUUAAAACUUACACACUGAAUGCACGUUUGGAUAAAGGAACCCAUUGUACUAGGGAUUUUUCAGAGCGUGCGUUGAAGUGAACAGUUUUUUGGAGUACACAGAAUCUCCAGCAUCAGGAUGCGAGCGAUAAACUUGGACACGUACAGCCUGUCUCUGCUGACCGCUAAAGAAGACAUCCUGAAUCCCCGAGCAUCCACCAACUGGGCACUGUUUGCAUAUGAUGGAUUGACCAACAAUCUUAAACUGUCUGAUUCAGGAGCUGGAGGUUUGACAGAACUGGUUGGGAAAUUUCACAGCAGCAGGGCCACGUAUGGCCUCUGCAGGCUGGGAUUGACAGAAACGGGACAACCACAGAUUGUCAUGGUCUGCUGGGUUGGUGAGGAAGUGGAUGAAAUCCGCAGAGAAGAAUGUGCCAGCCAUGUCCCUGCCAUCAAGACCUUCUUCAAGGAGGCCCAAGCAUUUAUUACAGCCUCGAACCAAGAUGAGGUGACAGAGGAGAAGAUUAGAUCUGCCAUUGAAAAGAUUCGACCACCAUUGGAGAGAUCGAGGAGACCUUCAAAGGCACUGGAUAAUGAGGAGACUGUGGGUACAAACUACAAGAAGACAAACGCUGCAGUGGAGAUAAAACGGAUUAACAGAGACUCCUUCUGGGCACGAGCAGAGCGUGAGGAGGAGGAGAGAAAGGAAGAAGAGCGCCGGAGGGCUUUAGAAAACAGACGCCGCUGGGAGAGAGAGAGAAUUCUGCAGGAGAAAAAAGAGGCUGAAGAGAGAGACCGAAAGAUGGAGGAAAAGUUACAGAUGAUUGAAGAACAAAGGAGAAUCCAAGCUGAGCUCGAUGAAAAAGCUAGAAAAGAAGAAAAGGCUAGAUGGGAAGAGCAGCAGAGAGAACAUGAGGAUGACAUGAGGGCGCGCCUUAGACGCAGCGAGUCCAUCGAGAAAGCAGCUGAGGCAGCAGUGCUUGUUUCCCAGCGCUCUAUGAAUCCCAGGGAGUUCUUCAGACAGUUAUCAGCAUCCUCACAAAAUUCCUCCAGCCCUGUAUCACCACGCUCAGCAAAAUCUCCAUUUCGGCGCUACCAGCGCAGUUUGACAGACACAGCCUUUAUCUUUGAGAGGGCCAGUUCCACCUCUGGUCCCACUUCUCCUCAUAGCCCCACCUUAAGGUCUCCCUUCUCUCGUAGCCCAACGGCAUCCUACAAGCGUCCUACAUCUCCGCUCAGUCCACCUUACCGUACAAUCCCGUCACCACAGCAGCCUCACAUACCUGCAACAUCUCCUCCUCCAACACCACCUGCUCAACAGUCUGAACCACCCGUGUCACCUCUUCCCAUCUCCAGACACUCUCCAGCUCAGUCAUCACCACCUAGCCAAACCCCAGUCCAUGAAUCAGCUUUUCCUGCAUCUCCAAAGCUGCUGGAGAGUCAUGAUAUGCAGAUAAUUUGUGUCCUUAGCAGACAGGAAGUGCCUAGUGCACCAGUACCUGUCUCUCCAAUACUGCUGGAGCCAGAAAUAGACUUUAUUGCCAAGGCUGUGCUGGUUGAAGAAGAUGAAGAAGACGACGUAGUGGUACCCGAAGAACCUUCAGCCAUGUCAUGUGCGCCUUCAGAUACAAAGAUUCUUACAAACUAUAAAAAUGUCCUGACGGAAGUUGAGGAGCAGGAAUCUCAAGAUGAACCAGGAUCUGAAGAGCAGCCUGCUGCAGAAUCGGAGGACCCAUAUGAGGAACAGUCAGAACCUGAAGUGCCCAGAACUGUGACACCAACCUUAGUAGAGGUCUCGGAAGAAAAUUCUGACGAUGACCUACCGGAGAACCAAGAGCCAUGUGUAAAGGUGGCAGAAUAUCAUCAAAUCCUGGAAGAAGAUGAAUCAGAAUGUGAAAGACCACAGAAUGGUACAGGAGGUGAGGAUGUUGAUGAGGAUGUUGAGGAUGCUGCAAACAGCCCACCUGAGAAGAGUUGUUACUCAGUUAAUCAUGAGAAAGAUCAAGAUGAACCCCAAACAGAGGUGGUGACUGAGAACAGAGAAUCAUCACCAGAAAGACUUCUCCGUGUACGAGCCUUAUAUGAUUACCAAGCAGAGGAUGACACAGAACUCUCUUUUGAACCGGGUGACGUCAUUAGUGAUGUGGAACCACUUGACGAAGCUUGGUGGAGGGGAUCCAGCCAAGAUGGACGCCAGGGACUUUUUCCUGCUAACUAUGUAGAGACCAUCUAGAGACAUCUUUUAAGACGAUUUAUCACCCCCUUUUCUUUUCACUGAUUCUCAGGGACUCAAACUCACAGCCCAGUCUACGAGGGUGCGCAAAUCACUCUUAACAUUUUAACAUCAAAUCAGAAAGGUUUGGGAAAAUAAUCAAAGGUCAACUUUAAAGGCGGGGUCCAUGAUCUCUGAAAGCAAAUGUUGACAUUUGAAAUCACCUAAACUAACACGCCCCUACCCCAAUAGAAUCUGGACUUUCUUUUGAUAGACCCGCCCCACCAUAUGCAACCCAGGCAUUGAUGUCGUUUAGUAGACAUGCCCCAUACUGCUGAUUGGCUACAAGUGUGUUUCGGAAAUCAUGCACUCCGCCUUUAAUGAUAAUGAACUUUAAGACAGAGUAAUACAAUUUCUGUUAGAAAUGUACACUAAUGAUUAUUAUCAUUUAAUUUUUACGUCAUUUAGUAGAACACAGUUUUUACUGAGAACACCAAAGCAACAAAACCUUCGACCUAAGAGAAAUGUCCUUUUGUAAAUAAGACCUAAACCCACCCAAACCCUAACCAUAACUGAACCCUAAAAUCAGAGGGACAUGAUAAGUGAAAAACAAAAGCAGUUUAUCCUGAUUGUAAGAUUAAUCUUGAAACAAACUGUAAACCUAUUUCUGAAAUCUGAUUGGUUGAUUGAUCAGGAGAGCCCCAACAAAACGUGGUAGCGUCUGUUGGAAAGCAGAUUUAACUUUUAAUUUAACUUCCCAUGCAUUGAUGUAGAGAUGUUUACAAAUAAGUCAUUGCCAGAGACCAGUAUGUUAAUAAUAUUUAGUCAAUUUUAAACAAAUGAAUACUUAAAGAUUUUUGCAAAUCUGUUACAGACAGAAAGCAAUAACCAAACUGAUUAAAAGGUCAUAGUGGACCCCUUUAAAAUCGUAGUUUAAUAGUGGUUCUGAUAAACCACAACUGCUGUGGUCAUAACCCUAAUUCUUAAAUUUUGCCCGAAAGGCACUUGUUGAUGUCUUACCCUUGAAACACAAUAAAA